CUGUCGUCCAUUGCAAACCUGCAAACAUGAAUGAAGGGGCGGCUACCAUCCGUACAAGGAAGUUUAUGUCCAAUCGUCUGCUGUCCCGGAAGCAGAUGAUCAUCGAUGUCUUGCAUCCGGGAAAAGCCACAGUUGCCAAGACUGAUAUCAGAGAAAGGCUAGCAAAGAUGUACAAAACAACCCCAGACACAAUCUUCUGCUUUGGAUUCCGCACCAAGUUUGGAGGUGGCAAGACAUCAGGAUUUGCUCUUAUUUACGACAACUUAGACCAUGCUAAGAAGUUUGAACCCAAAUACAGACUUGUGAGGCAUGGCUUAUUAGAAAAACCAAAGGGUGGAAGAAAAAAUAGAAAGGAAAGAAAAAACAGACAGAAGAAAGUGCGUGGAACGAAAAAAGCCAAGGUUGGAACAGGAAAGAAGAAGUAAAGAAUUACAGAGAAAGUGUAAGAAGAUCAACAGCAACAAGGAAAGAAGAUCAUGGCUGGGGUUGUCAGUACAUACACUGUGUAAUAAAAUACCUGUGGCUAAAA